GGCAAGCCGUCCGCACACCAGCGCGACGAGGAGCCAAAAACGUGGUCGCCAUCGUGCCGUGUCCCUCAGCCUCACAAUCCUCCCCCUCCGACACUCCCUCUGCCUCCGCAUCCGCGUGCCAGUGGCAAUCCAUCGUGAGCGCGACGAGCUUCUGAAGAGCUUUUGACGGCCCGUGAGCCUGCGAUCGAUCUUCGAUCGACCUAACUUGCACGCGAGAGCGGCUCAAAGACGACUUCGUUGCUGGUGCAAUUCCCAACUGCCACAACACCGCCAUACAAAGGAACUUUGUGCUGCCACACACAAACACCGAGUGCGCCAUCCAUCACCAGCGUGGUCCGAGGCAGUCGCGCAAGGAACGUGCAACUUCAGUCGCUCUGCUCUACUUCCCCCCAGCCGCUACCGUCCCCGCUACUCGAUCGCCCUGCGACGACCUACGACACCCGCCGAAGCCGCCAACACCCUUCCACCCCACCCCACCAACUUGAUUCGAGAGCAAAACCACCUUCACCAUGGCGGAAUUCGUGCGUGCUCAGAUCUUCGGCACGACCUUCGAGAUCACGAGCAGAUAUACGGACUUGCAACCCGUGGGCAUGGGAGCCUUUGGGCUCGUAUGCUCGGCCAAGGAUCAGCUCACAGGACAGGCCGUUGCUGUGAAGAAGAUAAUGAAGCCUUUCAGCACACCAGUCUUGUCCAAGCGUACAUACCGAGAGCUCAAGCUGCUCAAGCACCUGAAGCACGAAAAUGUCAUUUCUCUCAGCGACAUCUUCAUCUCGCCUCUAGAGGAUAUUUAUUUUGUGACCGAAUUGCUCGGGACCGAUCUCCACCGCCUCCUUACCUCGCGCCCAUUGGAGAAGCAAUUCAUUCAGUACUUUCUGUACCAAAUACUCCGUGGUCUCAAAUACGUCCAUUCCGCCGGCGUCGUGCACCGUGAUUUGAAGCCCUCGAACAUUCUUGUGAACGAGAACUGCGACCUAAAGAUCUGCGACUUCGGUCUUGCCCGCAUCCAAGAUCCGCAAAUGACCGGAUACGUUUCCACGAGGUAUUACAGAGCACCCGAAAUCAUGCUCACAUGGCAAAAGUAUGACGUGGAGGUGGACAUCUGGAGUGCAGGCUGCAUUUUCGCGGAGAUGCUGGAAGGCAAGCCAUUGUUCCCUGGCAAGGACCACGUCAACCAGUUCUCGAUCAUCACAGAACUUCUGGGUACACCUCCAGACGAUGUUAUUUCUACCAUCUGCAGCGAGAAUACUCUGAGAUUCGUACAAUCUCUACCCAAGCGUGAGCGCCAACCACUGAAGAACAAAUUCAAGAACGCCGAUCCUCAAGCCAUCGAACUACUUGAGCGUAUGCUUGUCUUCGAUCCUCGAAAACGUGUCAAGGCGGGCGAAGCACUCGCCGAUCCAUAUCUCGCCCCGUACCACGACCCUACAGACGAGCCUGAAGCGGAAGAGAAGUUUGACUGGUCGUUCAAUGAUGCCGACCUUCCAGUGGACACAUGGAAAAUCAUGAUGUACUCGGAGAUCCUCGACUACCACAAUGUUGACCAAGGCAACGAGGCCACGGCUGCAGGCGGUCUGACCGAGAACGGAGCUGCUUAGAAAGAAGUCACGACAUCAAUGAAAGCAUAGGGCGGUGCACAGGCGUCCGGGAGUCGGAACGACAUGAUCCCACGUACCAGCCAGUAAUGAUAUCAGCGGGAGGCAGGGUGCCUAUGUCAUAUGUGUGCGACAGAAGUCAGCCGGCGCUACUUAGCAGGACCAGUUUGGAUGCAGUGAGGGGUGGAGUAAGUUUUGACGCGGUGAGAUAUCAAGUCUCACGCAGCGAAGGAGGCCUUUUGUCACAGCAACGCACCAGAAGUGCUGCAGAGCUGCUUCCCAGUCUCUGCGGCAUCCGUACCCUAGAUCACAUUCAACAACGCAAUUGCGCAUCGCCUUACAUAAAACGAUACACGUGGUGAUAGAAAGAAUUACCAGACAGUCACACAGCCAUCAGUAACUAUGUCUCAUCGACC